AUGGCUAAAUUUCAAUUUACCGUCGUCUCGUUCAAUAUAUUCAGGAUAAUAAGAUCGAUCAAUGAUGUGCUCGAGCAAAUAGAGUUCACUUUUUCGAACGUUUAUAUGCUGGUUACUUCUGCGCAUUCUGUCCCUCGAAUGUUGUCCCAUCUAAUUUGGUGUUUAUGUCAAAUCAUGUGGUUAAUUGAAAUCGUUGAGCCUUGUCAUCGUACUAAACUUGAGAUAGACCGUACCAAAUUGCUGAUCAGUAAGUUGUCCACCGUUAUGAAAGGCCAGCCUGCCUUAGUAGAGUUAGAGAAACUCGCCCAGCAUAUUGAGAUGAAUGCAGUAGGAUACUCACCGAUGGGCGUUUGUAACCUGUCUCGUUCUUUGAUUGCAACGGUAAGAUAAUAAAUAAAGUUUGGACGUCUCCAUAAUGUUACUAAAAAUUACUUCAUAAUUUGGUGUCAUUGGCGAGAUGGACUCGUGGCCAUAGUGUGGUGAUGCGAUCGCCAUCAGAGCGCUUAGUGUAAGUUUUUUUGACGUAUACGUUCACUGUCGAUCGUGAGCGCGUUAAGAUUUUAGUAUGGAAUCCGGCACAGCGCCCCUAGCGGUAACUAUCAAGAACUACAAAUCUCCAUACAAAUUCUUAACGUGCUCACUAGUGAACGCGUUAACGUAAAACUUAUACUUACCACUCAGGACACCGUUGGACUUCGCAUCCAUCGAAUAAACAAAAAUAAAAAAAAUUAAACAAGCUGUUAUUUGGUGUAUUGUAUUUUACAAGUUAAGACCUUUCAUCUGAUAUCAAUAUUGCGUGGGUUGUUCAGAAAUAUAUACGGCGCCAUCGUG